CGUCUCAAACGCGUCCAGUUUGCCGAAAGAAAAGAAGAAGAAGACCAGGGGCUUGACGGAUUCGGCCUAGUAGGGACUUGUAAACAUCUCAAGUCACCUCUCCGGGUUCAAAAUGUCUGUGAAACACGCUAUUAGCCGUGGCCUCGAGUUGGGCCGGUCAGUCCUUCAGAUAGGUCUCCUCAAAUCAGGUGGCCGAGUCGCAGCAAAGCUCCGAGUUGACCGUUUGCGUGUGGGCCCGACGGUCCGCACCGUUCAGCCUCAGGCUUUCCUGCCGUCCCGGUACCGAUAUUACCGCACCUCUCUGAGGGGGCUGGCAGCUCAGCUUCAGUCCGCCGGCUUUAGGAGGAGGUUCGCUGGCGGGUCCUCACGUAAUAGGGCCGUGUUUUUAGCUUUUGGCCUCGGAGUGGGGCUUAUCGAGCAACAGCUUGAAGAUGACAGAAGAAGUGCAGCAACAUGUCAGGAGAUACAGGCUGUGUUUAGGAAGAAGAGAUUUCAGAGCCCUCUCAAGCCAUUUACCUCAGGAUACAAACUGGAGGAUUACAUUAUUGGAAACCAGAUUGGGAAAGGCUCCAAUGCAGCUGUGUACGAGGCUGCAGCUCAGUUUGCUCCUUCUCCAAAGGAGAGUAAUGGAAAGUGCUUGUUGAUGCAGGAGAAGGUUGAUGAAGAUGGAGAGGAAAAUCAGAUGGCGCGAUCGCUGUCAUGCUGCUCCCUCAGAAACUUCCCCCUGGCUAUCAAGAUGUUGUGGAACUUCGGGGCAGGGUCAUCGAGCGAGGCCAUAUUGAAAUCCAUGUCACAGGAGCUGGUUCCUGCAGGUCCUCUCGCCUUAAAGCAGGAAAAUGAACUGAUUACUCUGGAUGGACAGUUUGGAGUCCUGCCCAAACGAGUGUCAGCGCAUCCUAACGUGAUUAGAGUGUAUCGGGCUUUCACAGCAGAUGUCCCGUUGCUGCCCGGAGCCCAGGAAGAGUAUCCAGAUGUGCUGCCCGCCAGACUCAACCCUGCUGGCCUGGGCAACAAUCGCACUCUUUUCCUGGUCAUGAAAAACUAUCCCUGCACGCUGCGACAGUACCUGCAAGUGUCCCCACCAGACCGCAGGCAGGGCACUCUGAUGCUACUGCAGCUCUUGGAGGGGGUGGACCAUCUUUGCAGACAGGGUGUUGCUCACAGGGAUCUCAAAUCAGACAAUAUCCUGCUGGAGUUCAACUCAGAUGGUUGCCCCCGUUUAGUAAUUACUGACUUCGGCUGCUGUCUGGCUCAGAGUGACUCCAGUCUGCAGCUGCCCUACAACAGCAACUGGGUCACCAGGGGAGGGAAUGCCUCCCUUAUGGCUCCUGAGGUGGCUACUGCCGUUCCAGGAUGUGGUGUGGUGAUUGACUACAGCAAGGCAGAUGGCUGGGCUGUGGGUUCCAUCUCCUAUGAGAUAUUCGGACAACAGAACCCGUUCUACAGAUCAGGAGAACUGGAAAGCACCACCUACCAGGAGAAACAGCUCCCUCCUCUUGCUCCUAGUGUUCCAGCUGAUGUGCAACUGGUGGUUCGGUUGCUCCUCAGGAGGAAUCCGAGUAAGCGCCCCAGUGCCCGUGUAGCAGCUAACAUGCUACAUCUUAGCCUCUGGGGUCGAAGGGCCUUGGCCAAUCAGGACAGUGCUGGCAUGAAGAAGCUGGCUGAUUGGUUGCUGUGCCAGUCUGCUGUGGUUCUCCUGAAGGGCUGCAGUGGACCUGGUGGGAACCGGGUGGAGGCGGAGCUUCAGAGAAGCUUCCUGGCCAACCUGGACCUGGAAGAGCUGCGCUCUGCUGUAGGCUUCCUCCUCUACGGGCGAGAGCUGCACCGGGCCCGUAUUCUGUCUGCAUAGGUUCAUUCAAACAUAACUCAGAGCUAGUGGUGUGGAUUUAUCAGAGUUUAAAGUCUGAUCUUUCUCUCAUAGACAAACAUAUACUUUAUAAUCGUUUGGAUUUUAGUAUUAAAUCACUGUAUUUGGAAGCUGAAGUUCAUCGUGAUCGACCAUCAGUUUGCUUUAGCAUGUGAAGCACAUUUAAAUUCACCCUUUUUUUGUGUGUGUGCACCUCCAAACUCCCUGAUGCUGAUCUGUAUUUCCCACAAUAUGUUUACAGUGGUUUGUGAAUUUCUUUUCAUUUAUUAUUUCUGCAGAGUAAAAAAGCAUCUCUAAAUGCCCCUCGUGCAUAAUGCAUUAUGGAUUAAUGAGGUUGUUGGUGAAGAAAUAACCUGUUUUUAAUUAUUUAUUUAGAGUCUGGAAAGGUAUCCCUGACUAAUGCAGAUCCUGUUAUGUUUUCUAAAAUUAAAAAAAAAAGCUGUAAUGCACUUUAUUUACCAGGUAAAAACCCCACACUCACCUUUUACAUCUGUGUAGGUGACUUGGACUGGUGAAAGUGGAAACCAGUCCAGAUAUUUUAAGUAAAACAGUGUUUUUAUAUUUGUUUGUGUCACUGUGUAGGGGUGAUAUUAACUAUGUUUCUGGUAAUACUUAUAGAAUUAACAGAAAAACCUUCCAGAAAGUAAACCAGGAUCAUCCAGAGGGCUGACCAACCUGAGGGAGGUGAUUGGUCCUUGUUUGCACUUUAUGUCCAGAUUUGCACCUCUGACAAUUAUAGUCAUGACUUGAUUGUUUAAGAUAUUCUAAAUUUAAAGAGACUUAAUAUUUCUGCUAUGAUUUACCAAAAAUAAGUAGUCUUGUGAGGACAGAUUGCUUGAAGAGGUGGGGGAGGAAAUGGUACAUCGUUUUGUACAAAAAUCAUGAGAUUUUUUAAAGAAAGUUUUAGAAAUAAAAUGUUUGUGAAAGGCCUGAAUGUGUGGUGUGUGUUUUGUCAAGAUUAACAGAAUUUUUGUGUUCAAGUGUUAAAAAUUUUUACCUAAAUUAAAGUGUUUUUCUAAUAUCUA